ACACAUCAAUACAUAAUUCGGGUUGUGAAAAUUUCUUACUUGGCAACUUGACAUCAUUCUAUAUUUUAAUCUACUGUAUUUGCGACAAAAUGUGAAAUAGUGAAGGUCAACUUUACAGUGUCGCGGUAUUGGUUGUUGCCAAUUACGUUUUUUUCCGUAUCAAAUCCAUUACUCGUAUCCUCUACGGUCGCUCGCCCGACUUUACGUAACACGUAACGAGAACGACCUUCUGUCACGAGUUUCCGUACGAAUCUCGAACUCGACAUUGAUUAUCUUAUCAGAAUCUUGUAAAAGUAUUUUAGCUGUAACUGCAUAGAAACCAAGUAGUCCAAAAUGAUGUCUGCGUUGUGUACGAGGAGCUUUCUACGAGCGCGUUCGCUAGAGCGCUCUGCCUCGAGCGUUGUGGAGCUUUCAAAGUUUCAAGACUUUGGUGUUGUUAAUGAGCCCGUUCUUGGAUAUCUCGCUGGAAGCCGCGAGCGCAACGAGCUUACUAGCGAGCUGAAACGCACGGCUGCUGUCACCGAAGAGGUGCCCAUCGUCAUUGGCGAUGAGUACAUUAAAGAAGGUGAACCCCGACACCAGGUUAUGCCUCACAAUCACUCUCGGUCCAUCGCCAAGUACUACUAUGCCAGCGAGAAGACAAUUCAAAAGGCGAUCAGUGUAUCUGCCGAAGCGCAGCGACGUUGGGAUCGUACUCCUCUUCACGAACGGGUAGAUAUCUGGCAGCGUGCUGCAGACCUAAUGGCUGGUGAGCACCGCCAAAAACUCAAUGCAGCAACAAUGCUUGGCCAGUCUAAAUCUGUUGUUCAGGCUGAAAUAGAUUCUGCAGCUGAGCUUAUUGAUUUCUUUCGGUUUAAUGUUUUCUUUUUGAAAGAAAAUGCUAAGUAUCAGCCAAUAUCUGAAAACCCAUCAGUAACACUUAACUCACUCAGAUUCAGAGGCCUAGAUGGUUUUAUUGCAGCUAUUAGCCCAUUUAACUUUACAGCUAUUGGGGGCAACUUGGCUUACACACCAGCUCUUAUGGGUAAUGGUGUCUUAUGGAAACCUUCUGAUACAGCCCUGCUGUCAAAUUGGCGGAUUUUCAACAUAAUGAGAGAAGCUGGUCUUCCUGCAGGAAUAGUAAAUUUUGUACCUGCGGAUGGUCCAACAUUUGGACGUACAAUCACAGCAUCUCCCUUGCUAGCUGGAAUUAACUUUACUGGAUCAGUCCCAACAUUUAACUGGCUAUGGAAUGAGGUAGGAAAGAAUUUGAAUGUGUAUAAGAACUAUCCACGCUUAAUUGGAGAAUGUGGAGGCAAGAACUAUCACUUCAUUCAUCCAACAGCUGACAUACAAUCUGUUGUUAAUGGCACAAUCAGAUCAGCGUUUGAAUUUAAUGGUCAAAAGUGUUCAGCUUGCUCAAGAAUGUAUGUUCCCAAAUCACUUUAUGAACCAAUCAAGGAAGGUUUGCUUCAAGAAAGAUCAAAACUUAAAAUUGGAGAUCCUACUGACUUCUCUAUUUUCACUGGUGCUGUAAUUGAUGAUAAAGCAUUUGCAAGAAUUUCUGGCUACAUUAAACAUGCUAAAAACAACCCCAAGAACAAGAUUCUUGGUGGAGGAGAAUUUGAUGACAGUAAAGGAUACUUUAUUCAGCCGACCAUCAUUGAAACCAGUGAUCCUCAUGACAAGUUAAUGACUGAAGAAAUCUUUGGACCGGUCCUUACAAUGUAUGUGUAUGAUGAUAAGGAUGUUAUGAAGACAGUGUCCCUAGUGGGAUCUUCCACUAAAUUUGCUUUAACUGGAGCUGUAUUUGCUAAGGAUAAGAAUUUCUUGCAAACGGCAUUAGAGGAGUUAAAGAUGACAGCUGGUAAUUUCUAUAUCAAUGAUAAAUCUACUGGAUCAGUAGUAGGGCAACAGCCAUUUGGUGGUGGUCGCAUGUCAGGCACUAAUGACAAGGCAGGUGGUCCUAACUAUGUCAUGAGAUGGACAUCUCCACAGUCCAUCAAGGAGACUUUUGUCCCCCUGCGAGAAAUUGACUACCCGUAUAUGAAGGAUUAAGUAAAUCUUUUAAAUCAAACGAAACAGUACAAUAAUGAUGUAUCAAUAAUUACUUACCAUAGUUAUAGUAUUAUGCUUUCUUGUUUUAAAUGCUAUAGGUAUUUUAGUAUUAAUAUUGAAAAGUAUUUAUUCUUAUCACUACUAUGAAUUAGUAGCUAGGCAAGAGUGAUGUGUAUAUCUGGUUAAUUUAUAGUAUAUAUAAUAUAACAUUGUAAUACAGCCAACAGGGCUAGAAAAAAAUAUGUUAAAACUGUUACCUGAUAGAUGUAGCUCAAUACUUAAGAGAAAGCAUUGUUGAUGUGAUAAUUUGAGAUUGGAAUUAUAGAGUAAUAUUGAAACUAUGCGCCUUCUGCGUCUGCUUUACAAAAACUACUAAUCUUAUCUUGAAUUAUUUUAUUAGUUGCCUGUUAUCAUAUUUAAUUUGUUUCUACUAUCUACUGGCCUUUGCUCUCUUAAGAUAAUGCAUUUAAGCUUAACACUGUAACAGAACACUUUUUGUUGUAAUUGUGACAAUUUAAUAUCAUAGAAUAUAUUUAUGUUGUGACUUGUGAACCUAUUUAUAUAAAACUAGUGGUGAUUAAAGUCACUUUAAACUGCUUGUUAAUAAAUUUAAUUAUUACUAUUACAAAUAA